AUGUCACCUAUCGCACACUUAUUGAAUGCCAGUACCGGCACUGAUUCAGGUAGUCAUUUGCGCGAUAUCCAUGGUCAUCACGAUAGUCACGAUCACGGUUCGGAGGAGCAGGCUGUCAGUCCUUUGUCUCCUCGCUCGUAUCCAUCUCCUCGCAGCAACAGCAGUAGUAGCUGCGAAGAGAGUCAAUCCUCAGCUGGGGUUCUAGCUAACAUUCAUACCGGACCGGCUUCCCCUCAUGGAAAGGCAUGUGUUGCGUCUUCACCCCUUUCCACCACUGGUAUGAGAUCUGCCUCUACGCCUUCUAGCUCUGACGAAGAUACUGUUCAUUUGCACCGCUGCCAAUGGAAAGGCUGUAGUUUGGAGUUCACUUCUCCCGAACUACUUUAUCAUCAUCUUUGCCAAGAUCAUGUUGGCCGUAAAUCACAGAAGAAUUUGCAACUGAACUGUCAAUGGGGCGAUUGUCAGACUAAAACAGUUAAAAGAGACCAUAUCACGUCUCAUUUGAGAGUUCAUGUGCAAUUAAAACCUUUCGCUUGCUCCACUUGUAAUAAAAAAUUCAAAAGACCUCAAGAUUUAAAGAAACAUUUGAAGGUACAUAACGAAGAACUUUCACUACUGAAAAAAAAACGUGGUCCGAAGCCAUCCAAUAAGCUGGGAAAGAUUUCAAAUGACAGAUCCCGUGCUCAUCAGAGAUUCACUUUACCAUCUAUUUCUUUGGAUAAAUUUAUUCACGAGGAGGUGAAGACUCAACAACCCGUGUACUCUCAACAAUUGGCAGAAAAGAUGGCCAUCGUCCUGCUGUUACCUGUUAAUAACAACAACGCAACUUCCCCUCCUUCUGCGUCUUCUGCUUCGUCCACUGCAGUUUCCCCGAACUUGGUAUCGCACCAUAUGGUUCUUCCUUACCAAACCCAGCAACGUCCUCUCGUGGGUCACGGUGCUGAAUUGAGAUCCGCUGUUGGAUUCUUCAAUAAUUUAUCCAUGGAUAUGUCUAGAAACUAUGCUAACAAUAACCUACCGACCGCUAACUUGGGUCCUAACCCGGUACCUGCACCACAAUCAUACCCACUAAUCCCUAAGUUGCCCAGUAUUUCAGCCAGGCCAAAUGUUGGAGCUCCACCUCCGGUAUUGUCCGUAUUCAACAGGUUUGAUACACAUCAAACAUCUCCUUCUUCAUCAUCAUCAGCAUUCUAUCCUCAACACUACUCGAAUAAUUACAGCCUACACCAAAGAACUGCGCUGUUGGAUGCUGAGGCUAACGAAGAUAUCCCCGAAAAGGACAACGUAUCUUUGGAGGAGUCAUUCACUUCGUUAAAUCUAUCCUCAGAAGAGCAAGACUUGGAAUUAUUCUACGAAACCUAUUCAACUGUCAAGUUAGUUAAAGAUUAUUUGUUAUGCGAACUUAUGGAGGAGUUAGAUGAAUUCAAAGAGGAAGAGGAAGAGCAAGGCUUUACGUCAUUUGAUGAAUUUAGUGACUCCAAAGAAUGUGUCAUUGAAGGAAGAAUUCCGUCGAACAAGAUAUCUCUAUCAAAAUAUCCUCAGGUUGUGAUAUAG